AUGCUUUAUACACCAUUCGGUUAUGUUAGUUGUUUCAAAUGCUAUGGUACUUUUGUAUAUGGUAGUAACAGUGGCACAACACGUUUAAAACAACGUGUUAUCAAAUGUUCAAAAGCAGCAUGUUCUUCAUCAAUAACGAUUGAAAGUAGCGAUUUAGCAUCAGACAAUCAACAUAAAAUAAAAAAAUUAUCUGCACAAUGGGCAUGUCAGGAUGUGCGUCCUUUUUCCACGUUGGAAGAUGUUGGGUUUCGAGCCUUAGCACAAGAACUAGUUAAUAUUGGUUAUAUAUAUGGUGUUAUUGACAUAGAUGAAAUUCUUAGAAGUCGUUAUACAAUUGCAAGAACAAUCUAUGAUCUGGCCGAUUCAUAUAGACAACGUAUGAAGCCAAUAUUAAGUGAACCAUUAAAAGCACGUGCUGUUACUAUUUGUCCUGACUUCUGGUCCGACUGCAACAAAAACAUUUCUUAUUUGGGUCUGAAUAUUACAUUUGUUGAUGUUGAUUAUAGAAUGUUUUCGAUUGUUUUAUUUUGCCGAUCUUUUUUUGGUGUGAAAACAACUACUUCAAUGCUUAAAGUUCUUCAAGAGCAUUUAGUUGAAUUUGGUAUUGACGAUUUGGCUUUGGUUGAUAUUGUCUCAGAUCGAGGCUCCAAUUUCGUUGCUGCUUUUCGUGAUUUUGAACCGUUAUUUUGCUUCGGGCAGCGCCUUAACAACAUAGUAAAGACGGCUUUCUUCGGUAAUACCAACAAUAAAAAGAAACCAACAUCAAAUGUACCAACCACAGUCAACAGGAAUGUCGCAAUUGUUUCCACAACAAUAAAACAAAACGACGAUAAUAUAUUACAUGCGAAUGAUGUUUCAACAAGUGAACAAUCAUCCGAAGAUGAUGAUGAUUAUGUUUUACCAUCAAUCCCAGUUAAGCAAAAAGGUCGAGCAAUUCACGGUAAUUCAUCAUAUAAUAACCAUAAAUUAGUACGCAAAAUGUCAAUACAUGAUAUUCCACUUGAAGCACAUAAUGUUAUAAUAGCUUUAAGCCAAUGUAAAAAAAUAGUUAAGUACAUAAAGAAGAGUGGUUUAAAUAAAGAGACCGAGAACUCCGGUGGCGGAACUGUUCAUCAAUCCAUUGCUAUAAGUUGGGUAUCGAUGAUUGAAACUCUAGAAUCUAUUUUACGAUCGUUUAAAAUAAUUAAACGAAUUUUUGUCAUUAAACGGCAACAAAAAUUAACCAACAAUAUUGAUGAAAAAAUAAUAAAGCAAAUAAUUUUGUUAUUAAAACCAUUUAAACACGUGAUCAAGUUAAUUCAAACUGGCUGCUCUCCGUCUUUGUAUAUGGUUUUAUUGUCGUUUCAAACAUUAGUAAAUACAAUGAGCUCGUACAAGGCAUUGUUAGAUUAUAACUUUUCUGAUGGUGAUCGUCAAUCCAAAGAAGAAUCGCCAGAAUUAGAUGAUGAUUUAAUAGAUGAAUUACGAGGCAUCAAUUUUUUCUGGAAUCGAAUCCAUUGUUUAUUGAAUGAGAUCUUUACUUUGGAUAUUAGACAUUACGUUGCAACUGCUCUUCACCCCAAAUACCGGUCAUUACAUUUAUGUUCGACAAAAGAGCGUGCUGAAUGUUAUGAACAUAUUAGAAAACAAUUAAAAUUAAUUAAUAUCGAGUGCAAUGCCCCCAAUGAACGGCAAACUGAUAAACCACUACAGAAGAAAUUUAAAAAAGACUUAUUUGGUCUAUUUGAAUCAGAUAAUUUUGGUGAUGGUGAAAAAAGUGAACAAUCAGACGAAGAUAUUGCAGUCUCGUCUCAUGGUAAAAAAAACGAUGAACUUGAUCGUUAUCUUAAUUUAGAAAUCGAUAGAUCAAAACUAGAAUAUGAUCCUUUGCCAUUUUGGAAGAAACGUCAAGACAAAUUCCCCCAUUGGUCACGAUAUGCCCGUUCCACUCAUUCGAUACCAGCGACAUCAGCUAGCGUCGAAAGACAGUUUUCAGGGGCCGGCUUGGUUAUAAAUGAACGACGAACAAACCUUAAACCAGAACAGCUUGACAAUGUUCUAUUGAUUAGAUCAAUGCAAAAGAACAAAAUAACUUUGUAG